UCUCAUAAUUGAGCUAUAUUUGAUAAUUCCAAUUAUCCAAAAAGAUUUUCUAUUGACCCUUUCAAAUUCGAUCGCCAGUCCGACUGGGUUUACGCACUCGCACCACAUUUUGCCCGCGAGAUGUCCUUCUCUCGUCUGCCUUUCGAUUAAUUCAUUCUCCUUCUACCCUAAAUUCACACAAAACCCCAAUUCCUGAUGGCGCUUUUCGUCCACACACCAGAGAUCUCCGCCUUGAAAAUUAUCUUUAAGCCUAAUCCCAACCCUCGCGUCAUCAAGAGCCUCUCGGUGUCGAGAAGUGAUGAAAGGAUUGGGUCUAGAGCUAGGGCUGCAGCUAGGAUCGGUUUUAAAGGUUUUGAGGAUAGGGUUUCGCAGUUGAAUCAAAACACGUGCUUGUACGGUCAAUUUUCGGCUCCGGUGAAGCAAGAAACGAAGCUGAGCGAACAGGAAGAGGAGAAGCAAAAUUACUAUGUAAAUUUGGGCUAUGCGAUUAGGACUUUGAGAGAGGAGUUUCCCGAGCUCUUUUAUAGGGAGCUUAGUUUUGAUAUCUACAGGGAUGAUGUCGUAUUUAAAGAUCCACUCAAUACUUUUGUUGGCAUUGAGAACUACAAAUCAAUCUUUUGGGCUCUGCGAUUCAAUGGAAAGCUAUUUUUCAGGGCUUUGUGGGUUGACGUCAUCAGUGUGUCGCAACCUGUGGAGAAUGUCAUAAUGGUUCGAUGGACUGUGCAUGGCAUCCCUCGAGUCCCAUGGGAGAGUCGUGCCCGAUUUGAUGGUUUAUCUGAGUACAAACUAGACAGGAAUGGGAAGAUCUUUCAGCACCGAGUUGACAAUGUUGCGUUCAAUUUACCUCCAAAGUUUCGUGUUUUGGCUGUGGAAGAAUUACUACACUCUGUUGGUUGCCCCUCAACUCCAAAACCAACUUAUUUUGAAGUUUCAUCUUCUUCUUCAGAGAGGAAAUAUAGUUCCUAAAGCUCUUUUCAAAUUUUGUUGUCUGUUGGAGUAAAUAUUGAGCUUGCGCUUGGUCCCCAUCUUUCACUGUAUAAAACUCGGCUUUGAUUACCCAGGUUGGCACGGGCUGUAGCAAAUACAGAUCUGUUGGCCAGUUGUUAUUUUUGCCUUAUAUUUCCUGUGUUCUGUAAGAUUUGUAUAAAUCUUGUAUAUAUCAAUAUGCGAGUUAAAUUUGAAGGA